AGCACAUGUGACAAAGGCAUUCGGUCCCGACCAGUAUCGUCACUAGAAAGCCACAUCUAGUGCACYGUACGGAUUGAUUCAAUCGAUGCCGAGAAAAAGCAUCAUCACUGAAACCAAUUGUAGCAAGUCCGGCAGAUCCGGAACAUGGUCACCAGCCCCACCAACACAAACGAUGUCUUGAUGUCGAAUAGCGAUGGGGACGAAAAUUUAAAAAAAGCCUGCACUGUCGACGGGACAAACAUGCACAAAAAACCAUCGCAAGACGCCGGCAUGGACUCCGGCCUGGCAAGGAGCAACGAUAGCGAUGGAGCGGAAGCCGCAUCGGCGCCAUCGUCUGUAGCAACGAAGGCAACGGAAGCAAAAGAAACGACGGUGAAACGACGAAGGGUUUCUUUCCACACCGACUGCACUACAAAAAUCUUCGAAAUACCCCUCCUGGCGGAAUACGACGACGAAGACAGCAACGGCGGCGGCAGCAUACGAAACGUUCUCUUUUACAGCCAAUCCGAUUACGAUCGAUUCAAGGCUAGCGAGCAGAGGAGAAACGAAAAAAUGAUCGCCAAGAAACUCCAGAAACUGGUUCAGGAGCAGAUGCAGCCCCGCAUCAACGAAGCGGUGGCGAACGGGGCAACCCUGGAAGACAUCGAGGCGAUGAUGCCCAAGACGCACGAGGAAAUGGUGGCCAUGCUCGGCUACAACCCUUCGGUGGCCCGUGGCGGGCCGCACAACCCGGAGAACCACACCGUUGGAUCGUCGCGGUGUCCCAACGCUGUGUAGAAAACCGAGGGUGGUGCUUUUUGCGGUGGCGGCGAUGGAUCCUCCUUGUCGACAGCAUCAGCGGCCGGAGCAAACAAAAACAAUUGUGUUGGUAUCAAAAGCAACGGCGACAGCGGCAACGGCAACCGUACCACAUAGUUGACUCUAGGAAAGGGAAGAAGGGAAUGACUGUUGCGCCAAGCUCCAGUGAGGACGAUGCACAGUACGAGAAUGCGCUGCUAUUCGUUCUAGGAAACAGCAUAUAAAAAAUUCCGAGCAAUGGGGCACCGAAGAGAAGAAACCGAAAUGGGUCUUUGCAUAUGCAUCCAAUCGGAAUCGAAAGAUAAUCUUUCAAAUUGGAACAAUUGACAAAUAAGCAAUGGAURUUGGCCUUUGACUAUCACAAUUGGCAUUGCUGUAGCACGUGUCUGAUUUCAAUCCAGAGGGGUAAGCUCAAGAAAGAUCCUGGAUUGUAUAGAAUUCUAACUGCCCCCUAAGUGAGRAUCGAAGACUGGCCUCAAAACAAGUGAGCUGUCGAUCUCACUCCAUGGAGUUUGAAAAUGAGUUGCAACUGUUACAGUAAGGAAACUAUUGUUUUGCUCUGGGUGCUCCCCAGGCUGCAGGCCUCUUGCAACCGUACAGAUGAGAGAUUGGUUUUUCAAUGGUCUCAAUYUAUUUCUGUACUGUGUUAAAAGUAUUUUUUAGUAGUAUUUUUAGUACUUCUAGCACUUCGGUACUUUUCUUUCUGCCGUACGAUAUGGUCGCACACCAGGAUAAGUUUUUUGCUCAAAACCUUUCUACGGUACAUUUACAACUUUUUAGAGUUCUUUCUGGCACUGCCAUGCUACGGUACAGUGUGUGCAAAUUUUUCGGUCUGACCGUAAUACGAACGUUACACUGUCGUUAAGGAAGUACCUACUGUACUCUAGGUUUUGAACGGAGAAACAAACUACGGAAUCGUUUUUUGCCCCGAACGUGAUUUAAAAAAAUUAUCAGCGUGAC